AUGAACAGUUCAGGAAGUUCCUUCAAUUCUUCGAGGAACUUAUUGAAUAGUCCCCGAACAUCCAAUAUACUAAAUAUGUGUUCUCAAAAUCAUAACAAUAAAAAUUAUAAUUCAGAUAAUGAUAUAUUAAUUAAUGUGAUUUUAGAAAACUGUGUACAUGAAUGGUUUCCUUUUUUAAAAGAUGAACAUGAUGAUAUAGAUAAGGGAGAUGAAAAGAACCAACAUAACUUAAAUAACGAAAUAAAUAAAUUGAAGAAAUAUUAUAAAGGAGUAAAAUCUUCUGACUUUCCGUUACCAAGGUUAUAUAAAACAAAUCGAAGUAUAUGUAACUUGAAUGAAGAUAAUGAAGAUGAAUCUAUUUUUUAUAAUAGUAAUAGUAUAUAUAUGAAUAUAUUAAAUGAAAGUAAUACAGAAAAUGUACAGACAAAUAAUUAUUUUAAUGAAUUUGUUAAUCAUCAAGAAAAUAAAGAAACAGAAGGAGAACUUAUAUACGAUAAAAAGAAAAAAGAAGAGCAAAAAAGUGAUGAAAAAUGUGUAAAUGUUACAAAUGAUGUCAAUGAGAAUAUUUCUUUUUAUGAUUGCAUAGGUGAUAUCAGUAGUAUUAAUAAUAAUAAAUAUGAUAAUAAUAAUAAUAAUAAUAAUAAUAAUAAUGAUAAUAAUUAUGAUAACAACAACAACAAUAAUAAUAAUAAUAAUAAUAAUAUUGAUGAGGAUGAAUAUGUUCAGGAAACCUUUUCAUCACGUGAGGAAAAAACAUUGAACACUAAAAAUGAGAAAAAGGAAAAUUUAAAACAUUAUAUAGAUAUCAAGGAUAAAGAAUAUUUAAAAAAAAAAGGAGACGAAGGUGUUAGUAAAGAGGAAUGUGAAAAUGUGUCAUUAGAAGUAAGAAGAAAUUAUAGUUGUGAUAAUAAAUAUAAUGGUAAACGUGAUGAUUUUUAUAAUGACAAGAGUGAUCAUAUUAAUCAUUCAAAUUUUGAUAGCUCUCCCUUUUGGCUAAAAAAUUACAAGAACAUUUCUAACUAUAGUAAUAAUAAUAGUAAUAGUAAUAUCACCCAUAUGAAUAAUACAUAUAAUAGCAUGAGCAGAAUUGAAAGUAAUUAUAGUAUUAAAGAUGAGGAAAAUAAAAUUAUUAAUGCAAAUAACAAAGAAGUUAAUAUAUACAAUACUAUAGAUGUAAAUGUGGAUUCUACAAAUAAUGUCAACAAAGUAGAAAAUGAUAUUUAUUUUGAUAAUGAUAAUAGAAAUAUAAAUUCCAUCAUUCAAGAAAUAAAAAAUGAAGAAGCAAAAGAAAAAGAUUUUACAAUGGAUUCAUAUGGAAAUAUGUACCUACGUAUAUGUCUGAAAGUCUUAAAAAAAAACGUAGAUUAUUUUUUAUCACCCAUGAAUUUAAGUAAUGAAAAACUUGUUUAUGAAAAAAAAAAAAUUAAAGAAAUUUUAAAAUUGUAUGAUAAAUUAUUUUAUAGCCAUUUUAAAUUCAUACCAAAUAAAAUUUACAAAGAAAUAUUGAGACCUAUAUAUACCUACUAUCAAAAUUUAAAGUCCAAUAUGGUAGGAGGUGUAUCUACUACAUCCUUCGACGCAAAAUCGAGAAAUGUUUCUAUUUCUUCAUCCUGUUCUUCUUUUCGCAGGGAUUUUGAUAUUCCAAAAAAGAACGCAACGUGCAAAGAAGAUGAAGAAAGCAAAGUUAUACAAAAGAAAAAUUCAUUUUCCAGCGAUUAUACCAAUUUAGGGAGCUUUUCAAAUAUUAUUAAUGACAUGACUGUUAAAAAUAUAUUACAGGAGGUUGAUGAAAGUUCAGAUAUUAGUCAUUUAGAAACGGAUUAUAAAUAUAUAUACAAAGAUUUAUUAAAAUUGAAAAGUUUAUUGUUAAAGAAAAGAUAUUACAAAAAUAUUUUAUUCGAAUAUCAAAAGAAUUUUGUUCAAAUUAAUAAUAGAUGUGUUAAAACAUAUAGGGAUAUAUAUCCUGUGGAAAAGGAGUAUAAAACAUAUACUCAAAUAAAAAAGCAAACUAUUGAAGUGAUCAAUUCGAUUAAUAUAAAUUAUAAAAAAUAUUACUCAAAUAUAUAA